AUGACAGCUACUAUGAGGAUGCUCACUUAUGGAGUAGCAGCAGAUUCGGUGGAUGAUUAUGUGAGAAUUGGUGAAAGUACCACCAUAGAGAGUCUAAAAUACUUUGUUAAGGCGGUGGUUGCAAUGUUUUCUGAGAGGUACUUGAGGAGCCCUAACAACGAUGAUAUUUCAAGAUUAUUAGCGAUGGGAAGCAAUCACGGGUUUCCUGGUAUGUUAGGGAGCAUUGAUUGCGUGCAUUGGAACACGGAAAGAUCUCAUAACGACAUCAAUGUAUUAGAUCGUUCUUCUGUAUUUUCACUCCUUACUCAAGGUCGUGCUUCUCCAGUCAGUUACUCAAUCAAUAGAAAUGAUUAUACAAUGGGAUACUAUCUUGCCGAUGAAUUGGCAAUGAAGGAUGUUGAGCGAGCAUUUGGUGUGCUCCAAGCACGUUUCGUGAUUGUGCAAGGACUUGCACGUUUUUGGAAAACGGAAAUAAUGGAAGAUAUGAUGAUGACAUGUAUAAUAAUGCAUAAUAUGAUUGUUGAAGAUGAGAGGGAUGCCAAUGGAAUAGACUUUAAUUAUGAUACAAUUAGUGAAAGUCUUCCACUAGUGUCUCAUGAGCGUACACCAAAACUUUUUGAAUUCAUUCAAAAUCAUCGUCGUAUCAGAGAUAGAGGAACUCACUCCAAACUCAAACAGGACUUGGUCGAACACUUGUGGACACUACAUGGAGACUCCUUGUGA